GAAAUUUUAAUUCAAUCAUGCGUUCUAACAUUGCUACUGAUAUAACAUUUUUAUUAUUAUUAUAAUGUUGAAAUCAGUUUGAACUUUUGUCUCGAAAAUUUUAUUUACUUUUUGGUCAACUUUUUAAAAACUGAAAACAUUAUAUUACUUUGUCUCCUAGCUUUGUAAUUUUUUUAAAAAUGUAUGUUUACAGUUACUAAAUUCUCUAAAGACCAUUUUAUGAAUAUAAAGAAAGAUAUUUUAAAAAUUGUUUAAAAACUGAUCUGAUAGUUGAUAUUUUUCGUGAAACUAUCGAUUUGAUAAGUCGAAUCGAAUCGAAUAGUAUAUACAUGUAUAAAUAUAUUAUAGGUUAUGUUUCUUAAUUGACAGCUACUGUUACUUUACUCCAGCAAAACUUUAUUUUCUUACUUUGUCACUUACUAUCUGUAGUUCAAAUGGAAGCUAAACCGAAAGGUGAACAUCUGCUCGCAUUGAAAGUGAUGAGAUUAACACGACCCACUCUUGCAAAUCCAGUAGUUGUUACUUGCGAUUCAACAGAUCUUCCUGGUAAUACGUUAAAUAAUGAACUUAAAAACGAUUGCACUGCUUUGCAAGGAAUGGAAACUCUCGCAGUAGGGCAGUUUAUGGUGUUACCUCAAAGUUUUGGGAAUAUUUAUUUAGGUGAAAUAUUUUCAAGCUAUCUUUGCGUACAUAAUGGCAGUAAUCAGUUGGUGAAAAAUGUUACUGUUAAAGCAGAUUUACAAACAAGUACUCAAAUUAUUUCUCUUUCUGGUAAUAGUGGAGGGAUGAAAGAUUUGGCACCUGACAGUACAGUUGAUGAAGUAAUACAUCAUGAAGUAAAAGAAAUAGGCACUCACAUACUAGUAUGUGAAGUAACUUAUACAUCUUCAAAUAUAGGUGCCACUUCAGAAUCGUUUAGAAAAUAUUAUAGACUUCAAGUAGUAAAACCAUUAGAUGUAAAAACAAAAUUCUAUAAUGCAGAGUCGGAUGAAGUGUACCUUGAAGCACAAAUACAGAACCUUACAGCAGGUCCAAUAUGUUUAGAAAAAGUUUCCCUUGAAUCAUCUCAUUUAUUUAGUGUAUCAACGCUAAACACAAAUAAAAAGGGAGAAUCCAUUUAUGGAUCGGUAAAUGUAUUAGAUACUGAUUGUAGCAGACAAUAUUUAUAUUGUUUAAAACCACAAUUAACAUUAUUAAAAGAUUUAAAAAUGAUGCAUAAUGCAACAAAUAUUGGAAAAUUAGAUAUUGUUUGGAGAAGUAAUUUAGGAGAAAGAGGAAGACUACAAACAAGUCAGUUACAAAGGAUGGCACCUGAAUAUGGUGAUCUAAGAGUUACUAUGAAAGAUAUUCCUCUGAAGGUUUAUCUUGAACAACCAGUUCAUUUUAAUUGUCAUAUAAUAAAUACAUCCUGUUUUUGUAGAGAAAGGAGUAUGGAUUUGAUGUUAAGUUUAGAUUCAAGUAGCUCUAUUGCAUGGUGUGGAAUAUCUAAUACUAAAAUAGGAACAUUAAAAUCUGGAGCAUCAAUAGAUAUUCCUUUAUGUUUGAUUGCAUUACACAGUGGUAUUAUUACCAUCUCUGGAUUAAAAUUGGAGGAUACAUUUUUAAAGAGGACAUAUGACUACGAUGAUUUAGCACAAAUAUUUGUCAAUCAAAUAGAUUAGUUAAGGAUUUAAUAAAUUAUUAAAAAUAUGCUUGUUAACUUAUUGUAUUCCUUUUAAAAAUAUACCAGACAUAUUGAUGAUUA